GUAAUAAACUGGAAUGAUGUUAGAAAACAUAAAUUUAUUCACCUAUCAAAGUCUGCAUCCCAAUAUCAAGAAGCUGCUGACAUCCUGGAGCUAGGGUUGUAAAGAAGAUUACAUGAGCUAAUGGAUGUGAAAACAUCUUAAAAACUCUCAGAUACUUUUCAACUUUGGAGGAUUAUUAUGAUUUUCAUUCUGUUCAGCGGCUAUACUCAGACUUUACUCUAAGUCAAAUCUUCUGACAUUCUUUGAAGUGAAGCAUUCUAUGAAUGUGAGCUGAAGAAAUGAAUGAAAUGAAAUAAUGCAGAAGUACCUGUGAUAUAGUGAAAAGAACACUGCACCUGCUCUAUUUGCUUUAUUUCUAUUAAAGAAAAAUACCUGUGCAUCUAGUGCUUUUUGCAUGGCCCAAAGGGGCCCUGUGCUGCUCCACUACGGAGGAAACUUCAAGAAAUGCUGGUUUGCUACAGUGUUUUAGCUUGUGAGAUUCUCUGGGACCUUCCCUGCUCCACCAUGGGGUCACCUCUAGGUCACUUUACCUGGGACAAAUACCUAAAAGAAACAUGUUCAGUCCCAGCGCCUGUCCAUUGCUUCAAGCAGUCCUACACACCUCCAAGCAACGAGUUCAAGAUCAGCAUGAAAUUGGAAGCACAGGACCCCAGGAAUACCACAUCCACCUGUAUUGCCACAGUAGUUGGACUGACAGGUGCUCGCCUUCGCCUGCGCCUUGAUGGCAGUGACAACAAGAAUGAUUUCUGGCGGCUGGUUGACUCAGCUGAAAUCCAGCCUAUUGGGAACUGUGAAAAGAAUGGGGGUAUGCUGCAGCCCCCUCUGGGAUUUCGGCUGAAUGCCUCCUCUUGGCCUAUGUUCCUUUUGAAGACUUUAAAUGGAGCAGAGAUGGCUCCUAUCAGGAUCUUCCACAAGGAGCCACCAUCGCCUUCCCACAACUUCUUCAAAAUGGGAAUGAAGCUAGAAGCUGUGGACAGGAAGAAUCCUCAUUUUAUUUGCCCUGCCACUAUUGGGGAGGUUCGAGGCUCAGAGGUGCUUGUCACUUUUGAUGGGUGGCGAGGGGCCUUUGACUACUGGUGCCGCUUCGACUCCCGGGACAUCUUCCCUGUGGGCUGGUGUUCCUUGACUGGAGACAACCUGCAGCCUCCUGGCACCAAAGCAACUGGUCAUCAAUUUAUUAAAACAGUUGAUUUAAGCAUCUGCAAUCGUGACUUCAGCCUCAACUCCUGGCUCAAUACUGAUGGAGUUGUGAUUCCAAAGAAUCCCUAUCCUGUGUCUGAUGUCAACACUGAGAAGCCCAGCAUCCACAGCAGCACCAAAACUCUCUUGGAGCAUCAAGCAGGGCAGAGGGGGCGUAAACCAGCAAAGAAACGGGGCCGGACACCCAAGACCCUAAUUCCCCAUCCCAUCUCUGCCCCAUCCAAGUCAGCUGAAUCUUUGAAAUUCCCAAAGAAGAGGGGUCCCAAACCUGGCAGUAAGAGGAAAUCUCGGACUUUGGUGAACCCACCAUCCACCUCACCAACAACCAGCACCCCUGAACCAGACACCAGCACUGUACCGCAAGAUGCUGCCACCAUCCCCAGCUCAGCCAUGCAGGCCCCCACAGUUUGUAUCUACUUGAACAAGAAUGGCAGCACAGGCCCCCACUUAGAUAAGAAGAAAGUCCAGCAACUCCCUGAUCAUUUUGGGCCAGCCCGUGCCUCUGUGGUGUUGCAACAGGCUGUCCAGGCUUGCAUCGACUGUGCUUAUCACCAGAAAACUGUCUUCAGCUUCCUCAAACAGGGUCACAGUGGUGAGGUUAUCUCAGCCGUGUUUGACCGGGAACAGCAUACCCUCAACCUCCCAGCAGUCAACAGCAUCACCUACGUCCUCCGCUUCCUGGAGAAACUCUGCCACAACCUUCGUAGUGACAAUCUAUUUGGCAACCAGCCCUUUACACAGACUCACUUGUCACUCACUUCCACAGAAUACAGCCACAGCCACGACAGGUACCUACCAGGUAAAUCCUUUUUCCUGGGGAAUAGUCUAGCCCGGUCCUUAGAGCCACACUCGGACUCAAUGGACUCUACCUUGAAUCCUACCAACCUUGUCAGCACCUCUCAAAAUCAUCGAACUCCUGGGUACCAGCCCUUGCUGCCGUCCUGUGGCCUCCCGCUGAGCACAGCCUCAGCAGUGCGCAGACUGUGCUCCAAGGGAUUGGACCGAUACCUGGAAAGCCAGGAUGCCUCUCGACUAAGUGGCCGGGACCCCUCUUCAUGGACAGUUGAGGACGUGAUGCAGUUUAUCCGGGAAGCUGAUCCUCAACUUGGAACCCAUGCUGACCUCUUUCGAAAACACGAGAUCGACGGCAAGGCCUUGCUGCUGCUGCGCAGUGACAUGAUGAUGAAGUACAUGGGUCUGAAGCUGGGGCCUGCACUCAAGCUCUCUUACCACAUUGACCGGCUAAAGCAGGGAAAAUUUUGAACAGGGAGAUGCAGACUCAACAACUGAGUGGUCAAGCAGGUGGGGGCAUUCUUUUCCCAGGAAGGAGGGCCAUCCACCCCCUCUCAGGCACCUCAGUGGAGUUCUGGGCCACCUCAGGACUCCAGGAGGCUGUACAGAGACGUCACUGCUACCCCAGCUACUGCGAUAUGUCCUUCCAUGAAGGACUGAGGAGGGGAGAGUGUGGUGCCCAGGGCUGGCGCUGCUCUUCCUCUCAGCCCUAUGUGGCUCUGAGGUACCCCUCUAUUUAUUUCUUAAGCCUGGCUGGCCUCUCAUCAGGAUUUUAGACUGAACACCUUCCAAGUGUUGGAAGAUGAGGCCAACGCUGGGACCUUGGAAGACAGGGCCCUAAAUUGACGCUCACACCCAGGCCCCGAACCACCCCUAGGCUUGGUGUGCCACCCCAUCUCCCCACAGCUCCUACCUUACCAGAUCCCCAGACUCCAAAUUCAUGAGCAAACCUCUACCUUUUUUUAAGAAAAAAAAAAAAAAAUCUUUUCUUACUGUUAAUUUAUUGUUUCUGGCACUUGGGCAAACCCUCCAUUUAAUACUCUUCUCACACCAGACACUGGGUUUCAGGAGGAGGGACACUAUUCUGGCCUGGUUCCCCAGAGGCCCCUUCUGUAUAUGCGUGGCCCCCUUUCAGAGGACACUGCUCUAGGGCCUUUUCUCUUUGGAGUGGACACAUAAAGCCUUGACCACAUCACUCAGUAUGGAGAGGAAUAGGUCCCUGUCACCUGCCUCUCUCCUACCCCACUGGGAUCUUUGUAGUCCCAGCCCUCAUCUGUGGGAAUGAGAGUCCUCUACCCCAUAUUGUUGCCCACCAUAGCUCCUUUCUCUAGCCAUAAUUGCUGCCGAGGAAGAUGGGUCCAAUGAUUUUAGGCUACGAAGUUCCUAAGGUGGAUGGGAGGGAAAGGUCUCCAGGCUGGAGUCAGUUCCAUCCACUCCACUGUGCAUAUGCUUCCUUGUAAGCAAGGCAGCAGUUCAGCUGCUCCUGCUGCCAUCCGGACUUAUUUUAUGUCAAUUUGUUUAUAAAUAAAAACCAUUAUAGA